UUCCAGAACUCUGACGGAGAAGCACCUCCGAGGUGAGACCGAGAGACUGUAGCCUCAUUGCUGGUAUCAACUCUAGCAGCACACUCAAAAAUCUCCUUCGGAAGUCAGAAGUCUGUAUCUCAAGAAUGCGACGAACAAGACACGUGGUGUUACCAGUUCGUUCCUGGGAACACGUGGGCCUCUUGAUAGUCUCGCUAGCGUGCCUAACUCUGGGACUUGUGUCUCGAGACAGAGAAGGCCAAGCAGGAAGUCUCGCUGGACCCGAUCUGCAGCACUGUGCUCCGCAUAAGGUGGAUGCAUGCCCAAACGAAACCUCACUUGCCCGGAUGCCUUUCAACGACGACUCGGCGAAACCCUCUUCAGGACUAACGAACCCCACUGCACAACCGAACGAAUAUAAAACCACCGUUUCUAUAAGCCGGGAUAAUCGCGAUUCCAGAUCCACCCGCCGGAUUUCGCGACUCAACCUUUCUCGAUCCACCGAACGAAGAGAGGCCCGUCUUUUAGAACGAAUAGACGGUCGUCAGGCCCGUCAAUCCCGGGAUUCCCGAUCUCUGAACCGAGAGUCCAGAGUCAGGAAUGGCCAGGCAUCACCUGACCGCCGAAAUACUCUGCAUUUCUCUGUAGAACGCCGAAGCGAAGACCGAACUCGACGGACCCAAGUCACUCGAUCCAUUGACCGCGAUUUCGUUAGUCGAAAUUCACGAUUCGCGAGCGAACGUACGAGCGAGAACUUCCAACUGACUUCAGAGCGCGGCGACGAUAGACUGACACGAUCGGUCCGACAAUCUCCGCCUCUUUCGGGCAGGUCUGCACGCGUCGACAGCCGUUUGAUCCAAGAAUCUCGAAACGCUCGACUCGAUGGACGUAAUUCUGUAUCGAGGAACGCGGAAGGCUUGAGCAGAUCGCGGAGCGAUGUUCGCUCCCUGAAACGCGAUUCCACGAGCGAAAAAUCUAGGCUGCGAACAACCGAGCAUCGCGCCGAACGGCAAAACCGGCUAGUUCGCGAAUCACGAAAUUUUGAACGCGAUUCUGCUGCUAGAACCUCGCGAAUAGUUUCCGACCGACUUGUUCGCGACACCCGAUCUCUAGACCGUGCAAAUCCGAUUACGAGGACCGAGCGAUUAUCGGCAGCUCGAAAUUCGGAGGCUCGAGAGGCGGAAACUCGCGAUUUUAAAGUCAGGAAUUCACGGUCAACUUCGGACCGUAGAGAAGACCGAGUCACUCGCCGUGUCCGCGACGCUCGUUUGUUCGAAAACAAUCGAACAAUCAGGACCUUCCGCCAUCUUGACGUGCGCCGAGAAACUCGCGAUUUCCGGUCUCUCGAACGCGAUUCCACAACCAGAACCACAGGAUCUAACCUCGAACGCGUCGAGCGCAGAUUAAACCAACAGGACCGAGUCGUUCGCUUCCUUGAACGCGAGUCUCGAAUCGGAAUUGCCGGUUUGGCCCGCGAUCGCAGAACAGAUAUUCGCACAGCCGAAGCUAGAGUUGAAUUGCGGAAACAAAAGGUCAGCGAGGUUCGUCGUCAACUGGAACGUGAAUCUGCGAGCAGGAGCCUUCGUAACUCUGCAACGGAUCUGCGAGUAAACCGACACACCCGAGAUGAGAGGAUGAUCGAAAGAGUGCGAAGUCUGCGAUCGACCGAACAAACUCCUGCGACUCGCGACAUUCGAAUGAUCACCGAGCGGGCUCGGAUGACUUCCGCCCGGCGGACCGGCAAUGGUGGAAAAGAAUUUUUGUCGAAGCUGGGUAAGACUGCGGGAAAUGAUGAUUCACUGAUCACAGCGCGGCGAGACCUCGAACGAUCGGUUUCCGGAAGACGAGCUCUGUUCCGAGUCAGGGGUGAAAAACCGGGCGCCGAACGUCGGCAGGAACGGAUCGCGAGGGAAACUACAACUUCCCGAUUAUCUCGAGCCCAGGAGAAUCGAAACGUUCGCACUCGUAGAGCGGCUGUUUCACCCCAAACACCUGCGAUCGAACACCAGGAUAGCCGUGACGAAGGACGCGACAAAACAGCACAUCGAAAUGAACGAUUCGUUUCUGCGAAUAUUUUUAAUCAACAGAUUUCACCCUCGACAACGUACGAAGGACUCAGGCAAACCGUAGUCCUCGUCCUUUGCGCGCUUUAUGGAGCUUCUCUGUACAGCAGCAAAGGUUCACUUGCGAGGAAUAUUAUAACGCACGCGAAUCGAUUUCUGAUUUGGUAAGACAGUUCGACUCUCCCAAGGCCGAUGAAAAUCUUCGAUAUUUAAAUGAAAAAUUGUAGUUUGCUAGUUUCCCUAGACUAAUUUGAAUGUAAUAUUGUUUUAUUAUAGCUUUAGACGUUAUAAGUUAUGAUAGACAAAAAAAUUAUAGAUAAAGAUCAUAGAUAUAUGUAUAUUGAUGUGUACAUGAGAAGUGUCACUGCUAAUUUAUUGUUAAAUGAAAUUGAAGAAAUUUAUGAAAAAUUAUAAUAAACAUAUACUACUAUAUUUUGUGCGAUUAAAGGAUAUCUGAAAUACAUAAAUUUUACUCUAAUGACGAAACCUUUUUUUAUUACAACUUAAAUAAUAGUUGAAGAUAAAUUAAUUUGUACAUUACUUCAUCUUAAAAAUAGUAGAAAAUAAAUAUUUAUGCGACAUAAUUAGUAUACGUUGACAUUAUGCCGCAUAUGCUACAAACAUCAAUGUCAGAUAUAUUUUUCAGAGAUCAAAUUUGUGCUUAGACAUAUUAGACUCUAUGCUUAUGUUAUCGCUGUUCCAAAUAUAUUCAAUUAUUAUUAUCACUAUCA